UGAUAGUGUAUUUUUCAUCAGUUAGCUAAGGAAAUCCCAACUGUUUUUUUUUUUACAACGACAAGCUGACCCUGGAAGAGAAGUGGAGAUUUGGACAUGACUGUGGAUGACCGAAUAGCCAGAAGCGUUGCUUUGGAGCAAGCCUACGUGCAUGACGUAUACGAACAGUUCUACGACAACCCCAGAAGUAAGCCGUGGCCGAAGGUACAACAUUUUCUGGAGGACCUCGAGCCCGGGUCCAUCGUCUGCGAUGUUGGCUGCGGGAAUGGAAAAUAUUUAAACGUAAACACAUUAGUUUUCAAUAUAGGAGGAGACAAGUCAAUGCGAUUGAGUGAAGUAGCAAGAGAAAAGGAAAACGAGGUCAUAGUCUUGGACAACCUAGCUCUUCCGUUUAGAGAUGAAAGCCUAGAUGCCGUGGUUUCCAUAGCCGUGGUCCACCACCUCGCGACGACAGAAAGAAGGAUCCGGGCGUUAAGAGAGUUGGCAAGGGUCCUAAGGAUAGGUGGUCGCCUCAUCAUAUCCGUAUGGGCGAUGGAACAGAGUCAUAGAAAGUUUGAGUCGCAGGAUGUGCUAGUUCCCUGGCGACGGCCCAGGCAUAUUAGUACCCCGUCGUUGGAGUUGACCUCGACGACCACCACUUCGGAAGACGACGGACAACCGGCCUACCAUGCCUAUACUCAGACGUCCGAUAGUGAUUCCAACAGGUCGGUGAGGACGAAGGGAGUGGUGCGGAAGAAAGGCAGAAGCCGUAAGGGUAGAUCGAUUGAUCCAGGCCGAAAUUCAUCACCCAGCAGUUCCAGUCUUUCCAGUCCAAACGAAACGUGCUACAGCUUCGUCCGAAGGGCUAUACAAAAGCUAGCAGGCGCCCGAAGAGUAGGAGUGCACAGGCCAUGGUUUCUCGAGAGCUGGACUGCUUGCGCUAAGGAGACUCAGCAAAAACGAUACGAUUCCGAAGCUUGCAACUGCUGCGACUGCAUGGAAAACGUUCAGGACAUGCCCAUAGAGCUGCGAAGAAUAGACGACGAUGAUAUGCCGCAACGCAGACAGACUUUCCCCUCAUCUCAACUAGUCAACGAUAUAUCCUACCUAAAAUCGAAAAGUAUGACUAAUAUUAAGACAGUAGAGAAUAACAAUGUCGUAAAAUCACAAUCCAAUGCACAGUCAUUAUGCGAGGAGACAGUAGUGGAGACGGAGGAGCCAAGUACUGUCGUCGUCAAGACCACCUUGGCCAAACCCAAACUGGUGAAGCAGAAAAAGUCCAUAUGUGAGGAAGACGCAGAAGAAGCUCUAGAUCAACCUACAGAUAUGACUAAAUUAAAUCUCUUGCCCGAGAUAAAGACGUCACUGAGUAAGUUUAACAGAGGUGGGGUUCUGAAACAGAGGUCUCUAAACGAGGAGUUGAUGUCCACAGACAGGUUGCAGGAGAAGGAGAGGCUGCGACAGAACAUUCAGAAGCAGGCGUCGCUGAACGAGGACCUAAUCUAUCACCGCUCACAUGCUUUUGACACAUUCAAAGACUCCGUGUUUUAUGUUUCGACCUCCAAGCGGUUGCAGCUGAUAAAAACCGGGUUCACUAAUAAGCUGAAGAGCUCGACGACGAAUAUUGAGAAAGUAACCGGAGCUACUUUAAAAAAUGGAUUCGUAAGGAUGUUCCAGAACUGGAAAAGCUCCGACAUCAUAUCCCCCACAAUUCCAGAGGACGAGACUGUAGAUAACUUAAAAACUCCAGCGCCUAUUGUAGAUGAGAAGAAAGACGUAGUUAACGAAAAUGGAGAGAGGCGACCUUCUAAAGAAGACGGUUCGGACUCGUCGAAAGACAGCAGUCUUCAGAGUGACACGAGCGUGGAUUCCGAGGAUUCUUUCGCAUCAGUGAUUUUCGUCCCUAAAUCGGAUCCUAUGUCUCCUACAAAUCUGUCCCCAGGACCCACAUCUCCACGUAUAAAAAAUUCCUCAGUUCCGAAUUCUCCCAGAAUCAAACAAUCCUCUUGUCCCACCAGUCCCAGAAUUAAGCAGAUGCCGUUAACUGUUUAUCCACUGACCAAGCAACUGAGUUCUCCGAAACCAUCCACAGAAAAUUUCGCUGACAAAUCAGGCAGGGACCACAUUAUCACAGAGAGUACAACAAGGGAACCUAGCAAGACACUAGCACAAAAGUAUUCAGUACAACAAAUACCGAAGUUCAAGAAAACUAGUUUAAAUACUCCUAGUUUAAGUACUACUCCAGCUAGCCCAGAAAAAUCACCAGUAGAAGUAGCAGAAACAAGAAACGAGAGACUGAAAAAAAUUAAAGAACUACUCAAGCAAAAGCCCGGGUUCGGAACUAGAACUAGAACUAGUAAAUCGUCAUUCCCCAUAGUAAGGCAAUCGUCCGUUUCAAACGGGAAAGUAGAAGCAGUCGCCAAGCCACUGCCAAAGCUGCUGACCCUGGAACUGUUCAAUCCCGAAACUGACGAUAAAGAUAGCGACUCCAGCUGUGUAUCCUCACCAGACUCAAUAGACAGUGUUAUUAGUGUUAGUAAUGAAAGAAAAUCACCAACAACUUCUAGAUUCAAAUUUCCACCAACGAAUAGCCUGCACGACACUAGGGGCAUGAGUUUACUAGCAGCAGCAGCUGACGUAGCCAAUAGUCUAGACGAAGCAGUAGAUAAAGUAAUUAAAUCUAGUCCAAGAGCGAAGAGACGGCUACAAACUGGAGAAGUAUUGUCCAUUCUGCAGCGCACCUACACCUCAGACACCACACCUUUGUUAGGGGAAGAAGCCGAAUGCACCUGGGACGAAGACUGCCAUAAGCAUUUAACAGAUUUCGCCGAUAAACUCAGUGAGAAACUAUUGCAGGAAAUCGACCAGUAUCAAGUGAAAAGCAGACUGUCGAGUUCCGUGGACAACUUCGACGAUCCGUACAUAAGCCGGUUAAGUGAAGAACUGAAAGACCUCUCACAACUUAGCGCAGAAAUACAGAAACAAAAUGAAUACCUAGCUAAAUUGAGUGUGAGUGACAGCUUGUUUGGCAGACCAUGUGUGAAAUGUAAACAAAGUGAGUGCAAGUGCUUUAGGACUAACAACAAAACCAAUUUACUAAAAAGUAAUCUAAGAAAAGCGAAUGGUGCUGAAUGCUCGUCGAAUAAAAAUGAUAGUUUAGGUCAGAAUCUCAUAGAUGAACCCUUGCGUAAUGUAGAUAGUUUCACGACGUGUGAUACAAAAUGUACUGAAAAUCCGAACGAAGCGGAAGUCACUCCUGCGUUGAAUUUGCCUGCCAGCAAGACGUCAAUCAAGAUGGGUACCUCUACUGACUCCUGUGAUUCAGAAAAAGGAAGCAGCACAAAUUCGAUGGUAUCGAGCGUGGCCACUUCGAUCAAUUUCGGUCAGUCCACGGAAUCUACAGACGGCUUAUCCGAGUCUCAGAAAGACACCAACUCCAUAAGCCGGUACAGCGACAGGGGCAGCACAGCGUCUCUCGCCUCGUGUCCGGAGUGGAAGACCAUCAAGUCCAGAUCGGACAAUCGCCUCUCUAGAGAGGACAGCACCGCAAGUCUCGAGAGUGCGUACUCGAAGAAACGCGACAAAGCCAUCCUAAGCGACACGUCCCAGGAGUCGUUGCCCACCGACAAUAUUGGAGGUGAAAUCACUUAUCACAGAUAUUAUCACGUAUUUAGAGAGGGGGAACUGGACCAACUGAUAGAAAAAUAUGUAGAAAAUUUGCACAUUAUAUCCUCGUACUACGAUCAUUCCAGCUGGUGUAUCAUUGCCGAAAAAGUUCAAGUCUGGACUAUCUGACCUGGCAUUUAUCUUAAAGUCAAAGCACAAUGUAUAUACAUAUUCUUCUUUAUAGGAAAACAGAUAUAGAGCGGGCCUUUCUUUCAGUCGGGAAAUGGGUUUAACGGGGGCAUCGCAAACAUUAGUUUUUUUUUUGUUUUAAAAGUUCAAGCUGAAAAUUUCUGCAAAUUAAAUU